UAGAGAGGCGGCGACUUGAGAUCAAUCAGUAGUAUUGUUUGACUCUGAAUCUCCGAUUCGACAAAACCCUCCUGCGAGAUUUGCUUCGCCGAGUUUUCUGGGUUUCACUGUCCCGCUCUGUUCAGAUCUUUGCUUUUCCGAUUCUUAGGUUCUUCUUGGGGAAGUUCUGUUAAAGACUUUGCUAUAACAUGUCUGGAAGAAAAGAAACGGUUUUGGAUUUGGCUAAGUUUGUGGAUAAGGGUGUGCAAGUUAAGCUCACUGGUGGUAGACAAGUCACUGGAACUUUAAAGGGUUAUGACCAAUUGCUCAAUCUUGUUCUUGAUGAAGCAGUAGAAUUCUUGAGAGAUCACGAUGAUCCUUUGAAGACUACAGAUCAGACAAGACGCCUUGGUUUAAUUGUUUGCCGUGGAACAGCGGUCAUGCUUGUCUCACCAACCGAUGGCACUGAAGAAAUCGCUAACCCAUUUGUUCAACCAGAAGCUGUCUAAAAACUUUCUUCCCAAACAUUAUGUCUCUCUAUUAGUUUUUAACUUGGCGAUUUAGAGAGAGUACUGUAUCUGACUCUGUGCUGUGAUGUUGGAAACAUAUAUGUUCGUUCAAUUUAAACUACUUGGAACAUCAUUAAAACUUCUUUACGUCUCUUUGUUUAUCAAACUUAAAUUUAGUAGCUUUGUCAAA